CUUAAACUGGACAAUAAUUUUGAGACAUAGAAGUAACUUUUAAUAACACGAUGCGGCUCUUUUGACAAGGCGCUGAAGCGUAGAACCCGUUAUACUCCCUCCAAUCCACCUAGUAUCGAACUUUUGCGAUUCUUUGUUGCUGUUGGAAAUUUGGAAUCUGUCCUCUUUACUUUAUUGAAUGAAAAUUAAUUCACCACUUAAGAAUUUUUUUUUUUUUUUUGAAAAAGUACUUGUAUAUUAAUUAAGACGUAUCCAAACAAUUUUCGUUUUCUUUUAUUACAUUCAUCAUCAUUCAAUGCCUCCACGUUUUUGAAAAGUAGUCGACUUUUUUUUUUUUUUUUUUUGUUUGGGGUUCCAGUUAAGAAAAUUGUGUACAAAAUCCGGCUUGACCGGAGUAUGGCAACUCGGAAAUGAAAAACAGAGUCGGGUAAUAAUUGGAACUCCAAAAAUCAUAGAGUCAUAGACAGAGAAAGACUAUGGAAAGAAUGGAUAUUCAUUGGUUCCUUCCUUGGAAAGCAAAAGUUGGUAGUACUGUUAUUGACUUGAAGUUGACUCCCUCACUCUUCUUUUAUCUUCCAUCACCAUUUCUCUCACACACAGUCACAUAGUGAUACUCAAGGGUUCCCAUCAACUAACGACUGAAUUGCUACAGUCACUGUGUUUUAAUGUCUGAUUUUGCUGCUUGCUUGAUGGAUUGCUGAAGAACCUUUUGGUUUGUUUGAGUAUAUACAAGUGUACUUUGUCCCCAGAUUCUCACCCUAAACUGGUGGUGGCAUUCAGCAGAAUGAGAAAGACAAUUCACGUGUCCGGUUUCCCUUAUGUUCUACCUGCAGACACAGUCACUAGAUUUCUUGAACAGUUCACUGGUGUAGGAACUGUGUAUGCCCUGCAAGUGAAGCCAUGCAAAUCGGGUCGAAGAGCAUUUGCAAGAGUCCAAUUUAUCAAUAGCAAAAGUGCUGAAAAAAUUAUCUCAUUGUCACAUACACUUUAUUAUGGUUGUUCGUAUUUGAAGGCUUAUGAGGCGGAUGUUGAUAUGGUGCCGAGGCCUAGACACUAUGAGCACCAGAUGGAACAUGUAGUUUUAAAUUUUGGAUGCCAGGUGUCGAAAAAUAAGUUUUCAGUGCUAUGGAAUAAAGAAAAUGUUUCUGUCAAGUUUGGAUUUGGAAUGAAGAAAAUUUUGUUCGUGUUGCAAGAUCAUUCCAUGUGCUAUAAGCUUGAACUUUCCUACGAAAACUUCUGGCAGAUUGUAUUGCAUCAUCCCUAUGGUCAAGCUUCAAAAUUUCUCCUGAUUCAGUUAUUUGGUGCUCCUCGAAUUUUCAAAAAAAUUGAAGGAUCCAGCUGUAGCUACUACUUCAAGGAAACUCCCGAAGAGCAGUGGGUAAGGACAACAGACUUCACCCGGUCCUGCAUUGGGCAGUCAUCUAGCAUAUGUUUGGAGCUUCCUCGUGGUGUACAACUCCCACACUUUCGUGACUAUUUUCCUUGGUACAAAGAAACUGAAAGCCAAUUCAUUCUGGAAACGUGUUGCCCAUAUUCUUAUGACUUGGGUUUGGUUCCCAUUUUGAGUCCUCCCAAAGGGCUAGAGUUGCCGUAUGAAAUUUUGUUCAAGGCCUGUUGUUUGGUACAGAAUGGAUGUCUUCCAGGGCCGUCACUGGAUGAAAACUUCUUUCGGUUGGUCAAUCCACGUAGGGUAAAUAUUGCAUUCAUUAAUCAUGCCUUGGAAGAUAUGUACACUUUAAAAGAGUGUUGUUAUAAUCCUGUGCAGUGGCUUACGGAACAGUAUGCCAAGUACAACAAAAGGCCUCCAAAGUCACCAACCAUUGAUCUGGAUGUUGGGUUGGUGUACAUUCGCCGGGUACAAAUUACUCCAUGCAAAGUGUAUUUCUGUGGUCCAGAGGUCAAUGUAUCUAAUCGGGUGUUGCGAAAUUUUCUUGGAGACAUUGAAAAUUUUCUUCGUGUUUCCUUUAUUGAUGAGGAGUGGAAUAAAAUGUUUUCUACGGACUUAUUGUCUCGUAAUGCCUCAAAUGAAAGGACAACAACAGAAAUUUAUGAUAGAGUAUUGUCAACUUUGAAGAAAGGUAUAACUAUUGGGGAUAAGAAGUUUGAUUUUCUUGCAUUCUCAUCAAGUCAAUUAAGGGACAAUUCAGUGUGGAUGUUUGCUUCAAGGCCUGGGCUUUCUGCUGCUGAUAUAAGAGCAUGGAUGGGUGAUUUUAGAGAUAUAAGGAAUAUAGCCAAAUAUGCUGCUAGACUUGGUCAAUCUUUUAGUUCCUCUACCGAAACAUUGGCUGUCGGUAGGGAUGAAAUUGAAAUUAUUCCUGAUUUAAAGGCAUCGAAUUAUGUCUUUUCCGAUGGAAUUGGUAAAAUAUCUCUUCAGUUUGCUCAACGAGUUGCUGCAAAAUGUGGCCUUAAUAGUUUUACUCCAUCUGCAUUCCAAAUUCGAUAUGGUGGAUUCAAAGGUGUUGUUGCUAUUGAUCCGAAUUCAUCAAAGAAGUUGUCUCUCAGACCCAGCAUGAAGAAAUAUGAUUCUGACAACAUCAAGUUGGAUGUUCUAGCAUGGACUAAAUACCAACCUUGUUUUUUGAAUCGCCAAUUGAUAUCUCUUCUGUCCACUCUUGGGAUCAGGGACAAUGUCUUUGAGGCGAAGCAAAGAGAAGCAAUUUCCCAAUUGGACGAUAUUCUAAUUGAUCCAUUGAGAGCGCAUGAGGCUUUAGAAUUGAUGGCUCCUGGAGAAAACACAAAUAUUCUCAAAGAAUUACUGAAGUGUGGGUAUAAGCCUAAUUCUGAGCCAUUUCUUUCAAUGAUGUUGCAUACUUUCAGGGCAUCAAAGUUGCUUGAUUUGCGGACUAAGACAAGAAUAUUUGUUCCAUUUGGACGGUCGAUGAUGGGAUGUCUUGAUGAAACAAGAAUCUUGAAAUAUGGGCAAGUGUUUGUUCAGUGCUCAAGAGCUGGUCUUAGACAGUCUUAUAAGCAUUCCCAUUUGUACUCUAGCAAAAUCUCUGAAAACAGUUUCAUCCUUCAGGGGAAAGUCAUUGUUGCUAAAAAUCCUUGCUUACAUCCUGGUGAUGUCCGCGUUCUUACCGCUGUUGAUUUACCCAAUUUACAUCAUAUGGUAGACUGCGUUGUUUUCCCGCAGCAAGGAGAUAGGCCUCAUCCGAAUGAAUGUUCGGGUAGUGAUUUAGAUGGAGACAUUUACUUUGUUUGUUGGGAUCGUGACUUGAUUCCCCCUCGGGAAGAGCCACCUAUGGAUUACACUCCAGCUCCAACUGUGGAGUUGGAUCAUGAAGUUACAAUGGAGGAAGUUGAAGAAUAUUUCACCAACUAUAUAGUGAAUGAUAGUUUAGGUGUCAUUGCAAACGCCCACACUGUCUAUGCUGACCGAGAACCAUCGAAAGCAAUGAGUACACCUUGUUUGGAACUAGCAAGGCUGUUUUCAGUUGCAGUUGAUUUUCCAAAGACAGGUGUUCCCGCCGUAAUACCAUCUGAACUACGUGUUAAAGAGUAUCCAGAUUUUAUGGAAAAGCUUGACAAACCAAUGUAUGAGUCAAAGCAUGUGAUUGGUAAGCUUUUUAGAGAGGUAAAAGACAUUGCUCCAGACACAUGCUUGAUUACAUCGUUUACGAGGGAGAUAGCUAUGAAAUCUUAUGAUCAUGACAUGGAAGUAGAUGGAUAUGAAGAUUAUGUUGAUGAAGCUUUUGAUUGCAAAAAUGAGUACGAUUAUAAGCUGGGUAACUUGAUGGAUUAUUAUGGCAUAAAAACUGAAGGUGAGAUCCUCAGCGGUGGUAUCAUGAAAAUGUCUAGAUCAUUUGACAGAAGAAAAGAUGCAGAGGCUGUUAGUAUGGCUGUGAGGUCGUUGAGGAAGGAAGCUAGAGCUCGCUUUAGGAAAGGAAGUAACUCGGAUGAUCUAUAUGCGAAAGCUUCUGCGUGGUAUCAUGUCACUUAUCAUCCUACGUACUGGGGUUGCUACAACGAGGGACUGAACCGGGCUCACUUCAUCAGUUUCCCAUGGUGUGUCUAUGAUAAGCUUGUCGAGAUCAAAAAAUCGUGGAUAAGGAUGACUCCGGAAAUGUAUUCAUUGGAACAGCAGUUAGCAAAUGGUUUGAGUUUAAUUUAAGAAAUGCUAACACUCAAGCUCAGAGAGGUCUCGACCAAUCUCCAUUGAAUAGGCUGCCAAGUAAUGCCUAGGUGCACCUUAUUUGUACCAUAGAAUCAUUAUGACAUCUGAACUAAACUAUUUGAGACAGCUGUGUAUAUAUGGCGUGGCGGUGAUGAAUGAACUUAAAUUUUAUGUAUUGACAGAGUAACUAGUAAGGUUGUGCAAGAUGUUGAACCGAGGGGCUUGCCCCUAUCUCUCAUCCCAAGCUUGUGACUUUUGUGGGCUUUUAUGUAUAAAUAUGAACUGCUAUAGUUGGUUUGAAUUAAAUAAUACUGCUAGAGAUGAAGUUAAUAUUUGGUUUGAUUUGCAUGAAUAAUCUUGAACUCUUUUGCAGUUUAAGAGAAGAUAUUUACAUGUAUUUUUCGUUGAAAUUUAUGAGAAAGUUCUUGCCUCUGCAAAUGCCUUAAUGCAGUGUGAAAUUGUUGAUAGUUAAGCCACACACACAGACUCUGGCUUCACAACUGUUUUCUUCUCUUAAAUCUCAUUGAUCACAGUGCUACAAGCAUAUGGCAGCUUUUUUGUUUAAGGUGUAAAGGAUUUUCCAAGGAAGUCUGGUUCCUUCAGUUUUCAUAGCACCAUCAGCAGAUUGCUUUAUACAGAGUUUUUUUUUGUUGAAGGGGGAAAAAAAAAGAUCAGAUUAUUUUCAACAGGUUUAGUUUUAAUCUCUGCAUUUAACACACAGACAUCAGUUCCUUGGACAAAAAUAUGACUAAAACAUGAUCAUAAUCAAGGCGCUCAACAAGUUCACUGACUUCUAUUUGCGCUGCAAAGCGAGGAACAACAGAAAUCCUUUCUUGUGCUCUGCAUCAACAUCUCUGCAGAUGGCAGCUUUUUUAUCAAAUCGAUCAAACAGUUCGUCUAUCAGGCCAGCUCCAAAGUGUGCUGUUAUUCGACACUCCAUGGCUGCUCUGAUGUGCGUGACGUGCUUACUCGUAUCAAGUGGUUCGUUCACUUCUGUGUCAUACUCUAGCAACUCCAUUCUCAGAGUGGUAAAGCAGCCAUUCUUUUCAACAAGAGCUUCCAUCUCUUUGGGACAGGUGAAAUAAAAAGGUAUGUUGAAAGAAUCCACCAGAGCUUCCUCUAUAAAUCCCUACACAGAAAGUGGAAUUAAUCCCUACACAGAAAGUGGAAUUA